AUGAGUGCUGAGCAGGUUCCUUUUGAUAUCCUUUCGGACGACUAUGACCCAGAGGAAUGUAGCGAUAACUCUAUAGAUGAGGAGGAGUUAAACAACUUCCUUAUGGGCGAUGUGCUCGCCGGAACGGAAGAAAGGGGUAAAAGAUCAAAAAGGCUAUCGUAUGCCGAUCGAUUUAAGCAAAGAUUACUAAACAAGAAAAGAAAGAAGGAGAAAUUAGAAAAGGGCGAUGCUCCAGUCAAGAAAAAGAAGAAAAGAAAGAGUACAGUCUCACAAUCGAGCAAAUUAAAGCCGGAAUUAGAGAAAUUAAUGCAAGAAGCCACAAAUUUCUACUUGGACAAAAAAUUCGAUGAAGCUGUGAAGCUUUUGAAGGAAAUUGUUCGCAGGGCUCCUGGUCUUCAUGACCCUUUUCACACAUUAGGACUCAUUUACGAGGAAGAGUACAAGGAUCUCGUGACAGCUACUAGCUACUAUCUAUUGGCGGCUCAUCUGGUUCCUACAGACAUAUAUUUAUGGCACCGAAUUGGUGAAAUGUCGCAGAAUAUCGGUAAUAUAGACCAGGCCAUCUACUGCUUCAAAAAAUGUCUCAAGGAUGCAUACGGAGAGAUCAAUGAGGAAGUCUAUUUUUCACUUGCUAUAUGCUAUGUUGAAAAGAAGGACUACAACAAUGCGAUUAAAAAGUUCACUGUCUUGUUCCAGUUACAUCCAGAGGAUAUUUUGGUUACAACUGAAUUAUCCAAGUGUUUUCAAGCAAUAGGAGAUCUUAACUCGUCCCUCAUUGUCCUUACUGCCUACUUCAAGUUGACCUUUGACAUGAAAAUUGUGGAUACAAUAUGCGAUUUGCAGAUAAGCUUGGAGUUGUACAUGGAUUGUUACGAACUCUUGGAGUUUAUAGCAAAGUCCAACAACUUGCAACCAAAAAAUCUUGCAACUGAUCACCUAGUUUACUAUGUCAUUGCAUCCAUAUACCUAGACAAGGACGUAAAAGAUGAAUUGAGCGUGCUUUGGGAUACAAAAAUCUCUGCAAAGUAUAUCUACAUAAUUUCUGUGGCGCUUUCAUCGAAAUACAUUGAAGAAGCCUUAAAAUGGUUCAAAAAAGGGUUUCAGUUACCAUAUGAACUUUCUCCAGAAACUGCAAUAAAAAUGGCCAAAUUAGUUAUUCAAGUAGAGAAGAAUAACGAAUUUGCUAUAUCUAUACUCAAAAAAUCAUUGGAAACGCAUCCUGAUCAUUCUGAGCUUUUGAUUGCACUUGCUGAUGUUCUUGCUGAUAUAGGUGAUGUUACACAAGUGGAGGAGGUGCUAUCCAGACUAACAAUAGAUGACUUCGACAAGCUUCGUGACAUUCCUCAACCAAUUGACCAGGAUGAACGUAAAGAAACACUCUUCUCUCUCUACGACACCAUCGACAGUCUACUGCACAAAAUUCUUUCAAAGCCUGCAUCAAGAGCCUAUCCAUGUUUAUUGUCUAAGAAUGAACCCUUGGAUGCUGAAUGUAAAACUCGGGCACAUGAGUGGGUGGAUACCUUUAUAAGAAUUAUAAAGGAUUGUGAGAUGGAUACUAAGAGAGCAAUGCACAAAUUAAAUGAUGUCAAAGUAAUGAAACAGACCAUACAAACGAGGGAAGACCCUGUAGUAAACGAAUCAUCAAUAUUUGUUACGAGCGAAAGCGGUAGGAAAGGUACCAGUAAAAACUAUUCAUUUUUGAAGAUAAAGAAAGAAUUGGGUUUGCAAUCUGCAGAGGAUAUUUUAGGAUGGGAUCGAUAUGAGGAUUUGAUCAUCUCCGCCUGUAUAUUAAUGUCAAUUCUCCGCCGAUUCCAUGAGAGCUUUGAGAUUUUGGAGCUCAUAUCCAAUGGGAAAAAGAGAUACAAAUCUAACAUUGACCAUUCCGAAAGGAAAAGAUUGAUUAAGACUAUAGAUGAUUUGUCAUUCAAAAUGAGCUCAUUUGGAGGUCUAUUCAAAAUUGCAAUAGGUUACGCUAGAAAUGAAUUUUUGAAGGAUCCAACCGAUGGUAAUUUGCAAUGUUAUAGCAGAAUAUUAGGAACUGGAAAGCUGGCCCAUGCUGCCUUGUUUCCCCUUUCUUCUUCCAACGAAAAGGAUGUCCUUUUGGAAAAUAGGGCAUGGAUAACUAGGCAACUUCUUCAGAAACCAAACAACUUUGAGCUUUUAAUGCUUGCAGGUCAUUUCUGUACUAUUUCUGGGAACUGGACCUAUGCAAUUGAUGAAUACACUCGUGCUGUUCUGCAACGGCCUAAUGAUUCUGUUGCAGCUCUUUGUUUAGCUGUUAGCUACUUUAACUCCGCUGCCAGAAAAUUUACUGUUGAUGUGAAUAAGGCCAUUGUACUUGGGAUGACUUUUUUGCAGAAGUACGCAACACUCCGCAAAGCAUCAGGUAAAAGACUAUCGCAAAGCUGCCAAGCAGUGUUUUUGGCGGAGAACUGUUACAAUAUCGCAAGGGGUUUUCACAUGAUAAACAUGCUACACCUGGCGGUACCACUCUAUGAAUCCUGCAUUAAUACAAUCAAAGAUAUGGACUCCAAGCCAUCCAUGGAUGUAAAGGUCCAGUGCCCGUGUAUCAUAUGUGAUUACUGUCGCAGGAAGAAUCCCAGUCUUCCUCAUUCUGCGACAGGUUUUUCUACAAACUCGUUUAUAUGGAGUCAUGGAAAAGAGCAAAUUGUAAAGUGUGCUGCCUACAACCUCUUUUUGAUCUAUACACAACAAAACAGUUUAACACAAGCAAACCACAUUUCUAGUCAGUAUAUAGUAUGGAACUGA